AUGAUCUUCCUCUUCAACCUCGCUGUCCGACCCUCGCCGACCUCGCGGAGCCUUCAGAGGGCAGCGCGUCUUGCCCAUGUCCACUCGACUCGCCCGUCUUUCGACCCGAUGUUCACAAAGGCUCACAAGGCUUUCAAGGCCAAUGAAGCCCCCGGUCGCAAUCCCUUGGCCAAGCAGCUGUUCCCGUCCAGCAGCCCUGCGGCUCCCGUGACCGACAUUCGAGACCAGCUCAAGAAGCCCGCGGCCAAUGCCAACAGCGUUUCCGCCUCUGCCUCUGCCUCUGCCUCUGCUUCGUCGGCGAGGACAGCCCCAUUUUCGAAACCUCUGCAGGACCGCUCGUCGGGCCUCAUGCAACAGCAACAGCAACGGUCCAUGACCACCUCGAGCGGCGCCGCCACGCUGGCGACUCUCUACAACCAUUCGGAUUCGUUCAAGGACGUCGAUGUCGUUGACCUUACUGGGGCCGACACAAAGACAAAAGCAAAGAUUCAGGAAGUCUAUUUUGAAGAAGACGAUUUUAGCGACGAUGCCGAUCUUGACCUUGAUUUUAAGCCUCCCUCUGGGCUUCCCGUCCUCCCCGACCCAAAGCCAAAGCCGAUGGAAGAAGAUAUUCUCCCUCCGUCUUCUGCUGCACCCCCGCCAUUGACUCAAGUAUUAGACUGGUCCUCUUCUCCUACAUCACAUUACUUCCCACCUCAACCUCAAAAGAUAGCUGCUUCUUUGAAGCGUGAUUCAUCUGGCGAGAGUGAGCUGACGGGAUUGCCCGCGCCAAAGAAAAAGCGAGUGUUGCCGGCAAGCUUCCGCUCAGAAUCCAGUGACAGCCAAAGCCAGGAUGCCCCGGUUGCUGCGAUUGCCCCGCCUACAAAGCCACCGCGCAUGUGGGACGCUCCCGUCAGUGCCAUUAACGAGCAGAAGAAACAGUUCAAGAUUCAGCAGGCAACCCGGUCGGAAUCCCAAGGGCUAGACGAACAACCGCCCCAGUUUGGCAAAUCCCACGAUGGGGCCAAAGGCGAUGCCAUCCAUCUGAGUAAGGAACAGGAGCAUGUGCUCGACCUUGUAGUGAACCAGGGGAAAAGUGUGUUUUUCACAGGCCCGGCAGGAACCGGAAAAUCCGUCUUGAUGAGGGCCAUCAUCAACCAGCUCAGAACCAAGUAUGCUCGAGAUCGCGAGCGGGUGGCUGUGACAGCCUCGACUGGUCUUGCGGCGUGUAACAUUGGGGGAAUUACGCUUCACAGUUUCUCGGGUAUUGGCCUCGGAAAGGAAGACGCGGCUACUCUAGUCCGCAAAGUUAGAAGGAACCCUAAGGCCAAAAACCGAUGGCUUCGUACCAAAUGUCUCAUCAUUGACGAGAUAUCCAUGGUGGACGGAGAUUUGUUUGACAAACUGUCACAGAUUGGAAGAACCGUUCGCAACAACGGCCGACCUUGGGGCGGCAUUCAGCUCAUCAUCACGGGUGAUUUCUUCCAGCUCCCACCUGUUCCUGAUGGGGACAAGAAGCGUGAAGCCAAAUUUGCCUUUGAUGCUGCUACUUGGAGCACAUCAAUAGACCACACGAUUGGUCUUACACAGGUUUUCCGUCAGCGUGACCCCAAAUUCGCCGCCAUGCUGAACGAGAUGCGACUGGGGCAAAUCACCCAAGACACAGUAGAUACCUUCAAGAGGCUCGCAAGGCCACUCGAGUUCAGCGAUGGUGUGGAAUCGGCCGAACUCUUCCCUACGCGAGCACAGGUGGAUGGGUCCAACGAGAGAAGGUUGAGAGAUUUGCCUGGAGCGCCAACUCGAUAUGAUGCAAUAGACACAGGGGAUGUCAACAUCCGAGACAAGCUACUGGCAAACAUGAUGGCGCCGAAAUCCAUCGAGCUCAAGAUGGAUUCUCAAGUCAUGCUCAUCAAGAACUUGGAUGGGUCCCUGGUGAAUGGAUCACUUGGCAGAGUCAUCGCCUUCUCUGACGAGAGGACAUUUGACAUGAGCAACAUGGACGACUACGACUCGUCUAUGGACGACGCCAUGGCAAAGGCGCGCAGGAAGCUGAAGGCCUUUAGCCGCGAACCUGAUCCAGACGGGUCAGGCAUGAAGUACCCUGUUGUGCGCUUCAUUUCUACAGAUGGCGUGGCGCGCGUAAUCCUUUGCCAGCCAGAGGAAUGGAAGGUGGAGCUUCCCAACGGAGAGGUUCAAGCCAAGAGAGUCCAGCUCCCCUUGAUUCUCGCGUGGGCCUUGUCCAUCCACAAGGCCCAAGGCCAGACUCUGGAGAGAGUAACGGUCAAUCUGGGACGGGUGUUUGAAAAGGGGCAGGCUUAUGUCGCACUCAGCCGUGCCACCAGCCAGGAGGGGCUGCGAGUCUUGGGCUUUGACAAGAAUAAGGUCAUGGCUCAUCCGCGCGUCAUUACGUUCUAUCGGCAGCUCUACAGCGCCGAGGAAGCAGCGGCGAAGAGGCCAAACUCGAUUACGGAUUUCAUCGCCAAUAGGAAGGGCCUUGUAGAUACCCAGGUUCGAGAGGUUGUUGACCUGGACUCGGAAGAAGAGCGCGCAAUGGCAUAUUAG